AUGUGUGCAUGGUGUCCGAAUGUGUACAUUAUUAUUUUAAUGUGUGCGGGUUUGACUGACAACCUGAAGGUGAUAUUCGAAAGAGUGCGAUUUACGUACCAAAACGAUGAAUACGUUCAAUAUGCCUUCGUAAACGUAUCGCGAUACGAGAGGAGAGGUGACUACUACCUUAAUUAUGAAUUUAUAACGAAACAACCCAUCACCAACAAUUUAAUGAUACAUUUGUUGUAUUACGAAUUUAUAAGCUUCCGGUACGAGCGCAGCUUCAUAGAUUUUCAUUACAAUUUAUGCGAUUUUCUUAACGACCCGCUGAUCGGAAUGGAGUUUAAAAAACGAGGAUUAGAAUGUCCGGUAAAACCUGGAAAAUUAUACUCUUUCACAAAUUUCACAAUACGUAUGGAUGACUUUCCUAACGUCUUUUCACAUGAAAAGGGUUUACUCAAGACUAAGUUGCACUUGGACGAUUCUAAUAAUACACGAAUAUCAGAAAUAGAUAUUUAUUUAUCAUUAAAAAAUAAAGAUAAAGGCAAAAAACGCAAUUAA